AAACAAUACAUGAUAAGAAGAAGCGGAGCGGCAGUUUCCGUUUUCAGCCUGGAGUGUGUCAUACGUUACCUGAAAUCUGUUAGUCAUGGACAUAAGACCGAAUCACACCGUCUACAUCAACAAUGUCAACGACAAAAUCAAGAAAGAAGAGUUGAAGAGAUCACUGUACGCAUUGUUCUCCCAGUUCGGCCAGAUUCUGGACAUUGUUGCUCUGAAGACGCCGAAAAUGAGGGGCCAGGCAUUUGUUAUCUUCAAAGAGCUUUCUGCAGCCACAAAUGCCCUCAGACAGCUUCAGGGAUUCCCUUUCUACAAUAAGCCCAUGCGAAUCCAGUAUGCAAAAACAGACUCUGACAUCAUCAUGAAGAUGAGAGGCACAUUUGGAGAUAAAGAAAAGAAGAAAGAGAAGAAAAAGAAAGCUCAGGAACAGGCGGCUAAUGUCAGCAAGAAACCAGCGGGGACUGUGAGUACACAACCACCUGCACCAGCCACAGUCCAGGUCCCUGACAACCCACCAAAUUACAUUCUGUUCCUGAAUAAUCUUCCAGAAGAGACCAAUGAGAUGAUGCUUUCCAUGUUGUUCAACCAGUUUCCAGGCUUUAAAGAGGUGCGUCUGGUCCCUGGAAAACACGACAUUUCGUUUGUUGAGUUCGAGGGUGAAGCUCAAGCCGGAGUCGCGAAAGACGCAUUACAGGGUUUCAGAAUUACAGCGACGUGUGCCAUGAAGAUCACGUAUGCCAAAAAGUGACCCCGCCCACUACGGUGUCUACACUGGUUUUCCAGGAAACUGGAUCUGUUAUGGACUGUAACUGAGGCUCUGAUGCCUGGAGACUCGGUUCUGAUUUGUGUUUUUUAUUCAAUCUUUUUUUAUUACUUUAUUUUUUAUUUUUAAAAUCAGUCUGUUCAGUGACCGAGUAGUUUUUUGUUUUUGGUAUGAAAAUGUUUUGGCCACUGAGGACAUUAUGGAAUUUCAGGUCGGAUGUUUAUUUUGUACCGUAGACUAAUAAAAUUAGCUUCUA